AUAAUGCUCUUUCGCACCAGUGGGAUUCGCAUUCGGCGACAAUCUCCAUGCCUUUUACACUAUAAUGAAUCGCUAGUUUCAUAAAGUCGUCAUUAAAUUGGCACCGUUAAAUUGGCCUUUUUCGGAUACCAAUAAUCUACGUGAUUCCGGCCAGGAUCAACGCACGAAGACUAAGAGCCUAAUUUGACAUCCCAGACCGACGAGAGAACCAGCUGAAUUUUGCCGAAAUGGAUGCUUUUAAACAACCUAAACCCCGAGUAAAUGGAUCCAUGCUUCCAAAGCACCAAGGUAGCAUCGUAUGUCUACUGGGCCUUUUGAAAAAUGUGGACCCUAAUGGCACGAGCCUAACCCUGACACUGAGUGAUGGAGUGGAUGCUCAAGUUAAUCUUCAAACACCGCUGGAUCGUCCUAUUGAAGGCUUGGUUGAGGUGGUAGGCCAAGUAGGUGCCAAUCCAAGACAGAUUAAAGGCUUGAACCUCAUCAGUCAUGGACAGAAAGAUUUUGAUAUGGAGCUCUACGAUGAAGUUUUGAAGAUCACUCACGAGUUUCCACAAUACUACAGACUUGGAGCUUCUGAGAACUAAACUACUAUACAGAAGAACUGAACAAUACAAACUGGUUUGAUACUUUAUGUGGUCCUUGAUGAGAAACUGAGAAAUUGUUUAUUACUGCAACAAACCAGGAUCGAUGUGCCUUAUAUACAGAGGUAGUAUGUACUUCCAAGUUCCAAGUUCCAAGUUGUGUGAGAAAAUGACAUCUAUUCAAAGUCCAGAUGCAGAGGUAUCAUGACUGCUGAUUUUAUGAAAGGGGGAAACUGACGGCCCAUGAGAUCGAAAGCCACAAAAGGUCCAUGAGACCGAUACUAUCAAAAGCUCCACGAGACCAAUGGCCCUUAGACAGAUUAACGUGACAAAGGUAGAAAAUGUUGGCCCUCGUUGUUGGCCCUCGUUGUU